AGAUGAAGUCAACAGCUGCAUAUCUUUGAUCAACCGCAUGAACCAGAGCAGCUUAUAUAAAGAUACGGUGAUUGAAGGGAUUGAAGAGAAUCACUUGGCCUGUUAGCCUUCUUCCUUGAAAAAAUUCCCAUCUGAUGUCGAAUCCUCCCAAAGUUCGACACAUCUCAGAGUGCUUUGUUAAACCACAGCAUGCUGUAGAAGAGUCGAAACGGCCCUUUUACCUGACACCAUGGGAUCUUGCCAUGCUCUCUGCGCACUAUAUCCAGAAGGGCCUUCUCUUUACCAAACCUCCGGCAGCAGAUGACCAAGAAGGCUUCAUCAAUACUCUCUUGGACAGGCUUAAGAACUCCCUCUCUCUCGCCCUUGUCCAUUUCUACCCACUUGCCGGCCGCCUUGUGACACAACAAAAUGAAAACCCACCUUCGUGCUUGAUUUUCGUUGACUGCGAUAACAGCCCCGGAGCUAAAUUCAUCCAUGCAGCUUUAGACAUGACAAUAUCUGACAUCCUUUCACCAAUUGAUGUUCCUUCGGUUGUUCAAUCAUUUUUUGACCAUGACAGGGCCCUCAACUAUGAUGGGCAUACCAUGCCUUUGCUUUCCAUUCAAGUUACGGAGCUGGAAGAUGGCAUCUUUAUAGGUUGUUCCAUCAACCAUUGCAUUGCUGAUGGAACUUCGUACUGGCAUUUCUUUAACUCGUGGUCUGAGAUCUUUCAGGCACAAGGAAAUGAUAUCUCCAUUGCGCGCCCGCCCAUCCACAAGCGAUGGUUUCCUGAUGGUUAUGGUCCAAUCAUCAACCUCCCUUUCACCCACCAAGAUGAGAUCAUCAGCAGAUUUGAAGCACCCGAGCUCAGAGAGAGAGUCUUCCACUUCUCAUCCGAAUCCAUAGCAAAACUCAAAGCGAAGGCAAAUGAAGAGUACAAAACCAACAAGAUCUCUUCCUUCCAGUCCUUGUCGGCACUCCUCUGGAGGUGCAUAACGCGUGCACGUCGUCUACCACUUGAUCAGAUAACCGGUUGCAAGCUGGCCACCAACAACAGAUCAAGAAUGGAUCCACACCUUUCUCAGGACUACUUUGGGAAUUCAAUUCACGCGGUGGCGGGAGUAGCCCUAGCUGGUGAACUGCUUGAACAGAGUCUUGGGUGGGCGGCAUGGCAGCUGCACCAGGCCGUGGUUAACCACACUGACAAGGCGGUCCGUGGAUGGCUUGACGCCUGGCAGCAGUCUCCCUUUAUUUACCAACUUGCUCGGUUUUUUGAUCGAUACAGUGUGAUGAUGGGGAGCUCGCCCAGAUUCAACAUGUAUGGUAAUGAAUUUGGGAUGGGAAAAGCAAUAGCACUUCGCAGUGGGUAUGCAAACAAGUUUGACGGGAAAGUGUCAUCGUUCCCGGGAUAUGAAGGAGGAGGAAGCAUAGAUUUGGAGGUGUGCCUUCCGCCAGACUUCAUGAGCGCUCUUGAGUCUGAUGAGGAGUUCAUGGAUGCCGUCUGUUUGUCCCAUCAGUGGCAGUAGGUUGCAGAGCUCUACCCUGCAGAUGUCCAUGCCCAAUCUAUCACUAACGUACUUGUAAGGUUCUAAAGGUUUCAGUUAAUCUGUCCAGGGAAUGGAUAGGAAUAAUUGUUGAUUGGUAAUAUUACAGUGUCUUUUGCCAAUCAAUAUUAUGUUGUUAUAAAGAUAAUUAAAUAAAAUAGAAAUUGCAGACUA